AUGGCUAGCAUUGGUGCCCAACCGUCCCGCGAGCCCGUUGCUAUCAUUGGUCUCAGCUACAAGUCUGCCAGGGACACUCGUAGCCCUACCAAUCUCGACACACACUUCUUUGACUUUCCCCCAGAACUCGCGGCGAGCCUCAGCUCACUGGUUCGCCUCGAGUUGGAAUCUGCAUAUGAGGCCACGGAGAAUGCAAGGCGCAACAAUGGCCACGAGGACAGCGUAAACCACAACGGGCAAACCCUAUCCAAGCCUGUAAACACCAGCACAGACAGUGCCGUUGCGGCGGCGAGAAUAUCUCAUUUCUUUGAUUUUCGGGGACCGAGCAUAACAUUGAAUACUACCACCAGCUUGGUGGCGCUCCACCAGGCCGUGCAGAGCCUACAGAGUGGAGAAUCGUCCAUGGCGGUUGUUGAAGAUUCGAACCUCACGUUGAGUCGAGAUAUACCCAUGUGUCAGGUUUGCUCUAGUGUCCUUUGCCCCAUCGACAAGUCCUCCGCAUUGGAAGCCGGGGCGAAUGAAGACGAUUGUAGCGAAAGAGUUGCCACCCUAGUUAUCAAGCUCUUAAAAGAUGCCUUGUUGUCAGGCGACCCCAUCCGCGCCGUAAUCCGUGAGACGCUUGUCAACCAGGAUGGCAAGACCGAAGCCAUCACAACCCCACAAGCGAUCCUAACGCGCCAUUGCUACCACACAGCAGCCGUCAAGACGGGAGCUACAACCGGGCUCUCUGGGAUAAUCAAAGUCGUGCUGGCCAUGGAGAAGGCUUUGGUACCACCCAGCCCGGUCAUGCCGCUGAAAACUGACAGCACCAGGGUGGGGAAUGAGGCCAAAGAGUGGCCUCUAGGUCCAGAUGACGUCCAACGGGUUUCAAUCAACAGCUUCGGCGCUGGUUUCGCCGAUGCCCACUUCAUAUUGGAAGACGCAGAAUCAGUGUUGCCGCGUAUAGAUCCUCCUGCACCAACACAGAAGCCGACACAGAAGUACAAGACAAAGGUGCUUGUCCUAAGUGCCGGAAACGAGGGAGCUAGUAAGAUGAUUACAUUGAACUUGAAAAAUUAUCUGGAGAAGAGGAAGGGGACGGUGGUCAACGAAGAGGCGCUCUUGGAGAACCUGUUGUAUACCCUGGGACAGCGACGUACCCUGUUCGAGUGGGUGGCAGCCUGCCGCGUCCCCUUCUCGCGAGGCAUCGACGAGGUCAUCAAAGGCUUGGAAGCGCUUAAGUUCAAGCCAAAGAGGUGUCGCCCACGGAUUGGUAUGGUAUUUACCGGCCAGGGUGCUCAAUGGCACGCUAUGGGCCGGGAGGCUAUCAUCGCCUACCCCCCUUUUAAAGCGUCCUUGGAGGAAGGCGAUGUCUAUCUGAAGCAACUCGGUGCCGAUUGGUCGCUGUUGGAAGAGCUUCACCGCGACGGCGAUACCACAAGGGUAAAUGACGCAGCCGUGAGUAUACCAAUAUGCGCCGCGCUUCAGAUCUCACUGGUGCGUCUGCUUCGCUCCUGGGGUGUCAGGCCGACUGCCGUGGCGAGUCACUCCAGCGGAGACAUUGCAGCGGCUUACACUGUUGGUGCACUCAACUACCAGUCAGCCUUGGCAGUAGCUUAUUAUCGUGCUGUUCUCACGUCUAAUGAGAGCCACGGCCCUGGAUCUCCCAAGGGUUGCAUGAUUGCGAUCGGCGCAGGUAUAGACCAAGUCGAGUCCUACCUGAGGCGGCUCGAGAAUGGUAGGGCAGUCGCCGCAUGUGUCAACAGUCCGUUGAGCGUCACAGUAGCUGGAGAUGCCUCUGCAGUGGAAGAGGUAGAAGCCAUGGCCAAGGCCGACGGUUUGUUCGCUCGCAGGCUUCGUGUAGACACGGCCUAUCACUCUCACCACAUGGAUCCAAUCGCCCAGCCUUACCAGGAAGCGCUCUCCGAGCACGGCAUUAAAAUCGCCGAGGGAGGCGAUUUGCUUGGUUCCGUUUCUUUCUCCUCGGCGGUUACGGGUGGCCGAAUUCAUAGAGUCGACGAACUCGCCACGCCAGAGUACUGGGUCAAGAGCCUGACGAACCCUGUGCGCUUUAUCGAAGCCAUUUCCGACAUGGUAUUAGGUGACUUUGACCCUUCGGGCACCAGUGUUGAUUUAAUUAUCGAAAUCGGACCGCACUCAGCCCUAAGGCCUCUAAUUACAGAGAUUCUGAGGCUUCCGGAGUUCAACGGCAUCCAGAUACCAUACUACAGUUGCCUCUUCCGCAACACCAACGCAAGAGAUAGCCUGCAAGAUCUGGUCGCCAGUCUGCUGUGCGAGGGUUAUUCUAUUAGUCUGGAGCCUAUAAACUUCCCCUGGGGCAAGUGGCCUCACCUCCGUGUCCUGACCGACCUCCCAACGUAUCCCUGGAGCCGCCAGAUUCGGCAUGAGGAAGAGUCAUCAGUCAACAAGGCUAUCAAUAUACUCAGUUUGAACGAUGAUGAGGCCAAUGAGCCCGCGGUGAAGAUGGAAGGUUUGGUGCCUCAAUCGGUUGACGCAGACCCUGUCAGCCCCGGACAACCACAGUUCAAGCCCUGGGAGCGCGACAUAUGCAACAAGAUCAAAUGGGCUCCCGACAUGACUCUCUCGACCACACAGGCGUUGCAGAGCCUGAAACGCCAGCUAGAUGGCUUCUUUGAUCCUAUGAAAGAUCAAAUAGCCAUAGACCUGCGUCGAGUUUGCAUCGACUUCAUGCAGAAUGCUCUGGCGGCUUUGACCGAAGUUGAUGUCAAACGGCUGAACGAGCACCACAGGAAGUACUACACGUGGAUGCAGACCCAAGUGCAGCUGGCAAGAGACGGCAACUCUGGCCCUAAAAGUUCGCAGCGGCCGUUUGACAAUGAUUUGGACUACCAGCGUCGAAUCGCUGAAGCGGCCAAGGCAAGCGUCAUUGUCCGGAUGGUCUGUCAGCUUGGUCCUCGCCUCGCCGACUUUCUGCGGCGCAGUGAAACACCGCCGGAGCUGAUGCUGGAAGACGAGCCACUCAAGCUUCUCUACAAAUCCUACAAUAACAUAUACAAGUCAGACAGCUUCUUUCAGCACCUAGUCGACUUACUGCAGCGCAUUGUACACAAGAACCAUCGCGCCCGCAUUAUAGAGAUUGGGGGAGGUACGGGUAGCAAGGCGCGGCACUGGCUCAAUGCGAUGAGGGCAACGAAGCAUGGAUUCCCAAUGGCUUUGCUGUACCACUUCACGGACAUCUCGAUAGACCACCUCGAGGCGGCGAAACCCCGGUUCGCGGAAUGGAGCGGAAUAGUGCAUUACAGUGUGUUUGACAUGGAGAAAGAUCCAGCCGACCAAGGCCUUGACACCGGAACGUACGAUAUUGUCAUUAUGUUUCCUGACUAUCACGGGACAAAAUCCAAGGUUAAAACUAUCUCCAAUGUGAGGAAACUGCUUAAGCCGGGCGGGAGUCUCCUGUUCAUGGAGAUGACUCGGCAUCGAAUAGACUUGCCGUUCGUACUUGGGCUACUUCCAGACUGGCGUCAUAGCGAAGAGGAGUUGCGACCCUCAAACCAGUCUCUGAGCGUUACAUCUUGGAACACAGUGUUGCAAAGCAGUGGCUUCACAGGUGUUGAUCUCGAGCUGCACGACCGCGAGAGUGAGGGCAUGUACUCGAUAAGAACCAUCAUGUCGACUGCCGUGCCUGACUCACAACCUGAAGGACCGUCUUUGAAGGAAGUUUUGCUCGUAACUAGCAGCAAAACUCCAGUCCCAAGGAACUGGUUGACAUCCCUUCAACGUUCCAUGGGAACCAUGGGUUCUACUGACGGACCAAUACCUGCAGUGAAGGAGCUAGAGACUUCUUGUCCGUCGUCGUUCGCUGGCAAAAUUUGUGUCUUCUUCGGUGAGAUGGUUCAGCCUAUUCUUGCCCCCCUCGAAACAGCGCAGCUGGGGGGCAUCAAGUCCAUGUCCACCUCUUGUAAAGGGCUACUCUGGAUCACUCGUGGCGGUGCAGUUGACUGUGAGCAGCCUGACCGCGGGCUCGCGGUUGGCUUUAUACGAUCCUUACGAAACAAAUACGUGGGACGCAAGUUCUGUACCUUGGAUUUGGACCCUAAAAUACCGGUUUGGUGUGAGAGGACUGUUCCACUGAUCUUGCAGAUACUACACAGGGAGUUUGCCGGCAAUAAUGUCACUUCAGCCUUCCUAGCUCCCAGCGAGUUCGAGUACGCCGAGCGAAAUGGCACCUUCUUGAUCCCUAGACUGCAAAAAAGCCUUGAUGAAAACAAGUUUAUUGUACCAGAGGCGGUGAACUACUCUACGACAGACAGGAUAUCAGGGGACAAGGUUUUGCAGAUGGAUAAUCCUGCACGCCGACAGAGGACCACGCUCUCGCCGGACGCCUCUUACUUGAUAGUUGGUGGUGUUGGCGGAAUCGGACGUGCUGGAGAUGGAAUCAAAACAGGAGGAUUCGUGGAAGAGGCUAUGCAGGAAAUGUGUUGUCGCAUCAAGGCUAUCAGUGGCGAUGUUUCGGACGCGGCUAACUUGGCAUUGGCGCUUCAAGAGUGCCGGCAAGACCGGCUUCCCCCAAUUCGAGGCAUAGUACAUGCCGCAAUGGUUGUCCAGGCCUCCUUACUUGCGAAGAUGACCAUCAAUGAAUACAAAACAGUCAUUAUGCCCAAGGUCAACGGGACUUGGAACUUACACUCGCAGUUUCCCCAUAUUGGUGACCUCGAUUUCUUUGUCAUCCUCUCAUCAAAUGCAGGCACCCUCGGAUACGCGAGCCAAGCCAACUACGCCGCAGCCUGCAGCUACCAGGACGCACUGGCACAAUGCCGUGUAAGUCGUGGACUGCCUUGUGUGUCCAUUGACCUGCCGGUCGUCAAAUCUAUCGGCCACUUGGCAGAGAGAGCGGAGCUAAGAAGCUGCCUAGAGAAGCUGGGCCAGAUGUCACUAGACCAGGACAUGGUGUGCAAAUUGAUAGAGUUGGCGAUACUUGAGCCAUAUGCCGGGCACAUUGUGGUAGGCAUCAAUGCAGGUCCAGGGCCACACUGGGACCCGGACGGCUUCUCACAGCUUGGAAGGGAUGCGCGGUUCUUUGGCCUGCAACAUCGUCAGCCGCGGCAGCAGAAGGGAGCUGGCGAGGGCAAAGAAGAUGAUGACGACGGCAGGCUCCCGAUCCAGCUGGCUGCUGCCUCGUCGCAACACGAAGCCGAGCGUCUGGUCAGCCAAGCGAUAGCGCAGAAACUUGCCCGUAUCUUGAUGAUAUCAGUGAGCGACGUCGAUAUGAGCAGGCCGCCAGGCGUGCACGGCGUGGACUCAAUGGUGGCGGUCGACCUUGGCAAUUUGUUGAGAGGCCAAAUCGCCGCUGAAAUCUCGAGCUUCGACAUCAUGCAAAGUGCAUCACUGGAUGCGCUGGCAGUGCUGGCGGCAUCCAGAAGUGCGCAUCUCUUGAAACUUGAGAACCCAGGUUGGUCGUCUUCUUCUUGGGAGAGCAUUGGCUCUCCAUACGGAAUUUUCAUGCCAAAAUCAGAAAUGAAGUAUCCAAAAUACGACUAG